CGCCGGUCAAUUUGGGGAUUUACCUUGAAGGAAGUCGCAAAUUUUAAGCCAACAGUACUCUCGAAACCCGGAGAGUUUUCUCCGCACGCAACAUGUCGUGACGUCGACGAUUUGGUUGAAGAUAUGGAUGCCAAGACAACUCCUGUCCAUAUGACGGCAGCAUUGUUACCGUCGCCGAACUCAUGUCUUCUCCCCACAAAUCCACUGCCCAGUAUCUCUCACGACCCAAGGUACCCUAUUUACAUCCAUCGACAGAUAAUCCACCAUGGUUGCAGAGAACAUGACGGCCAGGCUGGCCGAGAUGGCCCUCGGACACGGUGACCAAAACCGUGCGGCCCACACCGAUAUCUCCAACCCUGACCGCGACGGCGGCCGGUACACGGACGACAGCGGCGCGAAGAUGAAAGCCCUCGCUUGGAUGGGCAAGAACGACGUACGAGUCAUCGAGACGUCCAAGCCCAAGAUCGUCGACGACCACGAUGUCAUCCUCAAGGUCACUGGUUCCACCGUCUGCGGCAGCGACGUACACCUGAUGCAUGGAGUGGUGGUGCAGGUCGAAAAGGGCGAUAUUCUGGGACACGAGUUCUGCGGCGUUGUCGAGUCGGUGGGACCGUCGAUCACCAAGCUCGCUGUUGGUGAUCGGGUGGUGAACAGCUUUUGCAUCUCUUGCGGCGAGUGUAGUUACUGCAAGGACAAGCUCCCUACUGCAUGCGAAAAGACCAAUGCCUCAACUCUUCACGCCAAGCUUUACGGCGGGCGCAUGGGCGGCAUUUUUGGUUACUCACACUUGACGGGGGGGUAUGCGGGCGGUCAGGCCGAGUACGUCAGGAUCCCGCUGGCUGAGAACAACCUACUCAAGAUCCCUGACAACGUCCCGGAUGAAAAGGCACUGUAUCUCUCUGAUGUGCUGCCCACUUCGUACCACAGCGUGGUCUACACCGGCGUCAACGAGGGAGACACGGUCGCCAUCUGGGGCCUCGGUCCCAUCGGCUUCAUGGCGUGCUUUUGGGCAAAGAAGAAGGGUGCGACACGUGUUAUUGGCAUCGACAGCAACUGGCGGACCGAGUACGCAAAGUCCAAGAUCCCGGGGCUAGAGACCAUCAACUAUGCAACAUUGGAGUUUGGACAGACAGUGCCGACAAAGAUACACGAAAUGGUGCCUGGGGGUGUUGAUGUCAGCAUUGAUGCGAGCGGAGGAGAGUACGCCAAAGGAUGGGCGCACAAGCUGGAGAUGGCGAUUGGGGCGGAGCAGGAUACAAGCGAGAUGAUCAAUGAAUGUCUGUACGCGACCAAGAAGUUUGGGAGAGUCGGCAUCAUUGGUGAUUACGUCGGGUUCACUAACCAUUUCAAUGUCGGUGCGCUGAUGGAGCUUGGUAUUUACUUGAUCGGGUGUGGACAGGCUCCGGUGCAGAGAUAUUGGGAGGAGCUUCUCGAGAUGGUUGAAAAAGGAGAGAUCGAUCCCACCAUCAUGUUGACGCAUCGGUUCAAGAUUGACGAUAUAGCAAAGGCAUAUAAGCUGCAGGAGAAGAGGGAGGAGGGUCUGGUGAAAUGUUUUGUCGAGACAAGGUUCUCUGCCCCGCGUGCUGAAGGGACUCCGGAGCUCACGAGUUUGUAGUCUUCCCACUCCAUCAUGGACCUAGGUACCUUACAGGCAUGUAUUGGGGCUAGCAAUGGCGGCUCUUUGCAAGCAAGAGAGUUGUAU